AUGUUUGGGGAGAAGGACCCUCACCGCUCAGACCUCUUCAUCUUCGACACCGACGCGCUCGAGAACGACGUCCUGCUGCAUGAUGGGGUCUCUCACUUGAAGUAUCAGGAAUAUGCGGUCUUUGCCAAGGACUCCGACUACGCCAGCACGAUCCAGUCGUCCGAGACAGACCAUGACCGGCCCUUUCUCAAGCACAUCGGCCAGUGCAUCGUCAGCGAAGAUGGCAAUGGCGACGAGUUAUUUUAUCAGGCCAUGAAGGAGGACCAGUCCGUCGAUAUCCAGGGCAACUGGGGCCCUAAGUGGAAGGGCUCGCCACACCUGCUGCAGGGCAGAGUGAGGCAGGUUAUCUGCCACCGCCGAACGAACUAUAAGUCCAGCGAAGACAUGAACCUGGACGGGCUGCAUCUCACCAGCGCAGACUUCAAUCUGAUGGGCCUUCACCCAGCCACGCUGCAGUAUGUGAGGCGCACGACCGUCGAGUCCAUGUUCUGGGACCGACACCAUGAGAAGCUCAGCAUUAUCAUGUCCUUCCCGUCGGAUCCGCGCGCACCAUAUGACUUCCUGUCGAUGACACACAGCGUCUCCGACCGGAUCACGACAAUUCUCGUCAGGCAGUCUUUCGACGCGAACCAGCACACCGUCGAGGAUCUGGACCAGUACGACAAGCGAAUGCAAACCUGCAAAUCGCAUUGGGCUCACCCCUUGGUCAUCCCAGUCAUGCUGCUCCAGGUCCAGUUCGCAUGGACAGAGCGGGCCGUGGCAGAAAACCACAGCGAGGUUGUAGCGGUGGAGAAGGACGUGAGCAACAUGGCAGGGUUCGACGCCUUCGACGACACGGCACGGCGGCGGCGGACGAGCUCCUCGGGCGCGACACCAGGGCGGUACGGCGUGCCGCCGGGUCACCACCCCGGCGGCAGCAGCAACGGCAGCCAGACGGGGUCGGGCCAGCAGCAGCAGGUGUACAAGAAGUCGACGGAGCUGAUGAAGAACGCGCACGACGUGCUCAAGCGCAGCAUCCGCCUGCUCGACACGCUGAACUGGAUGGACCGCGCCAUCAAGAUCCUGCUCGAGGCCGGCGAUGCCCUCGACGACGUGCGUCAGGACUCUGACGGCCCCACUCCCAGCAGUGCCGUGUUCCCCACGCCACUGUCUGCGCGAGGCAGAGUUGGUACUGGGCUCUUGAAGGCGAGGAUCCAGGAGGAUCCGCUCACGGGCCAUUGGCAUGAGAUUCGGCAGUAUCUGGAUGGGUUGCUGCAGCUAUGCCUGUCGCUCAAGACUGACCGGACGAUUCUGGAGAUGAGAUGUAAAGCUUUGGUGGAUAUUAUCUACAGUAAAAUGGCCCAAGAAGACAACAACCUCAACGCCCGGAUGGCCGUGGCCUCAUCACGAGAUUCGUCCUCGAUGAAAGCACUGGCAGUCAUAACAGCCAUAUUUCUCCCGGGUGAAUUCAUGUCUUCCUUGUUCGGCAUGUCCAUCUUUGACUGGCAGCCCGGAAGCGACGACAGUAGCGGCGGUGGGGACGCAGUCGUCAGCUGGCGGUUUUGGAUAUACUGGUCCAUCACCAUCCCGCUGACCAUCGGGAUCCUGGUGUGCUGGCGGGCGUGGUGGGUCGGCCAGGACAGGUACUUCCGCAAGCACCUGUCCAAGGACCUGAGCGAGGAGAGGUACUGGACAGACGAUAGAAAGCCGCGGGAGCUGGAGACGAGCUUCCUGCACGACUUCAUAUACAUGUCUGUGCGGCGGGGGGAGUCUGUGGUCGAAGGUGGCACGGCCAUGUUCCCGAGCUCGAGGAAGGGGUCCAGUUCGAGCGAAGAGGAUGGAAUCAAGUGGCUUCACAGGAGGAGCAAGACGCUGUCAAGUAGCGGACUGACUAGCCCGCCGCCAGCGUUCCGUUUGAGGCAGAUAGCCUUUGAAGAGGUCGAGAAGGGGCGGAGGGCAAGCACGGGGCUUGUAUAG